AUGAAGGCUGUGGACCAGCGUUUGGAGGAGGCGCUUUUCCGCUUCGCUGGAGCCUGUGCGGCAUGGGCAGCUGAGCGGUGGCUCCGCGAGCAGCUGCCGAUCCGCUUCGCCCGUCGCAUCGAGGACAUCUUGCAGCUUCCUCACGUCGCCGUGAUCAACCCGCAAAUGAACAGCAUUCUGAACACAUACCUGGAGACUUUUGAGGUCAUUCACUCCAGCCCGCCGAUACGCACGGAGGAUGACGAGAGAGUUUUCCUGCAAGCAAUAGCAACCCAGCUCGAAAAGCACAAUCCAGGAACAAGGCUGAUUGCAGAAGGGUAUCGUGAAGUGCGUCGGCUGUAUCCUUACAUUCGACUCGAUGACUUUCUCCACGAUCACUUCACAACGAGAAUAGCUACACGGAUCCUCAUGGACAACUAUGUGGAGAUGCGCAGUCCCAAAGAGGGCUACGUGGGCGUGGUUUGCCAGAACAUGCAGCCAUUGAAGAUCGUGCAGGAGAUCGCAGGCGAGCUAACGCCACUCACACGCUCUCUCUACGGUUGCGCGCCAGAGGUGGAAUACCGUGGAAACCCAGACUGCGUUCUGGACUACAUCCCCCGGCAUGUGAAGUACAUGGUGAGGGAGUUGCUGAAGAAUGCCUUCAGAUCGACUGUGGAAAGGCAUUUGUCCAGGAGCACCGUUUCGGAUCCUUUGCCCCACGUCGCCGUGGAGCUGCAGCAGGGGGACAUUCACGUAAUCUUCAAGAUCUCUGACCAGGGCGGCGGAAUGCCAAAGCGUAUGCAGCGCGAGGCUUGGAAGUACGGUUGGACAACGGUGAAUACGGACAGAUCCUAUCGAGAAGCCUGGCAAUACGCAGAGGAUGCAGAGGAGUCUUGCAGCUGGGACCGGGAUCGAGGCCACGGAGACCCUAGCAAGCCGCUGCAAAAGUCUCGGAUCCAUUUUAUUUUUGUUGGGUUGUGCGGUUUGCGCAGUUUGCGACUGAGGAGAAGCGAGCUUGCUGGCUAUGGAUUCGGACUUCCGCUCACUCGCCUGCAUGCCCAGUACUUUGGGGGAGACGUCUUCAUGCAGGCGCUGCCCGGUCAUGGCACUGACCUCAUCCUGAUCCUGACGCACCUGAAAGCUGGCACGCCCUCCACGGAGAUCGACGAUCUCUCCACGCUGCUCUACAAGAAAGAGGUCAAAUCCAGCUGA